GGACGGGCGGAGCAGCAGACACGCAGGGCGGAGGCGCAGUCUGCACCAUGGCGUAUCCCGGGCACCCUGGCGCCGGCGGAGGGUACUACCCAGGCGGGUAUGGUGGGGCUCCUGGAGGGCCUGCGUUCCCUGGACAAACUCAGGAUCCGCUAUACGGUUACUUUGCUGCUGUGGCUGGACAGGACGGACAAAUUGAUGCUGACGAAUUGCAGAGAUGCCUAACACAGUCUGGCAUUGCGGGAGGAUACAAGCCUUUUAACCUGGAGACUUGUCGCCUUAUGGUUUCAAUGUUGGAUAGAGAUAUGUCCGGCACGAUGGGGUUCAAUGAAUUCAAAGAGCUCUGGGCUGUGCUGAACGGCUGGAGACAACACUUCAUCAGUUUCGAUAGCGAUAGGAGUGGCACCGUGGAUCCCCAGGAGCUGCAGAAAGCCCUGACGACUAUGGGAUUCAGGUUGAGCCCCCAAACUGUAAAUUCAGUUGCAAAGCGAUACAGCACCAGUGGGAAGAUCACAUUUGAUGACUACAUCGCCUGCUGUGUCAAACUGAGGGCUCUCACAGACAGCUUUCGCAGACGGGAUUCGGGUCAACAAGGAGUUGUGAAUUUCUCGUAUGAUGAUGUAAGUCUCCAUAAAUAAGGGCUAAGUAGAAGAUAAACUGUACGUGAAUGGGAACCCCUUCUAAGUUAGUUAUUAAGAAUACGAACAUGGUGGCUCAUGCACUCAG